GGUCACAGUUUCCCAACGUAGUGGUUGCUAAGAGGCGUGGACAGAGAUACAUUUGAGGAGAUGGAAAACGUCAUUGGAAUCGUAUAACGUUCAUUGUGUACGUUGCCCAUGUUUCGACUAUGGGCCGCGCGGUGCAUUCCUGGGAUUCUGGGACAAACAGUGAAUGGGAGUCGACUGGGCGCUAGCUCAAAAACAACAUUAGCAUGAAUUUAGUGAACAAUAAGUAUUUUCCGAUAUGUGAGAAUUAACUUGUUCUCUGAAAUAUCGUAAAGCUUUGGAAUUACAUUACGUACUUUUAAGGAACAUAGGCAGGUUUCUUAAAUCACCCUGAUUUUGUGAAGGGAUUAUGAGAAGAUUAGUUUGCAACCACGUGAUGCCGCAUUACAAGUGAACGCGGUCGUUUGACAGUCUGCUGUUGGGGCGUUAUGCCGCGUUCAAGACAACUGGGAACUCAAAUAUCCGACUGAUUUAAACGCUUUCAAAGCAACUGGGAACUCGAGUGAAAAAACAAGCUCAGACUGGAAAAAUUGAUCUGAAUAGCCAUCGAACUCGGAAUUCCAACUCUGUCUCGAGCUCUGACUUUCCGACCUUAAGAUUACUGACUUCAUUGAUUGGAGGUGGCAAGGUAGCCUUGUGGUUGGGCCAGUAACCGAAAGGUUGCUAGAUCGAAUCCCCGAGCUGACAAUGUAAAAAUCUGUCAUUCUGCCCCUGUACAGGGCAGUUAACCCACUGUUCCUAGGCCGUCAUUGUAAAUACGAAUUUGUUCUUAGCUGACUUGCCUAUUUAAAUCAACAAACAAUUUGAUCGCGUAUUUUUCUGAGUUCCCAUGUGUCUUGAAGGCUGCAUUAUACCACAGAACAAUGAGACAGAUAUUAAACCGGAUGUAUAAAAUUCUCUAACGAAAAUAUGCAAAUAUAUGCUACCUCCUCGCUUGUUCUUCCCACCAUGAUUCAUUUUCUCCCAUUGGAAACGACAGGCUCUGGUCUAUAUUGGGUUAGUGAUACGUUCCUACAUUCAUUGCCCAACAUGAUUCCUAUCUCCUCCUUUCUCUAACAUCUCUGGGGUGGAUCGCUGUUGCCGUAUAAAUAAAACGGAUAGACAGGUCUGCUUGCAAAAGAGGGUCCUUCCCGACUCAACUCUGGGUGGGGUAACGGUUCUGUUAAUGUAUAUUCUGUAUCAAAGAAGCACAACAAGGUCUGUGAGGAUGAUGUGAUGGGACAACCGACUGGCAGGUGAAAACCGUAAAUGUACGGGCUGAUUCAACUACAGCUCAUUUAUAAACAUAUAAAAGGGAAGAUACUUUUUAGGUAUAUUAGUUGUUUGCCGAAGGCGACUUGUAUGUAUUUGUUUUAACCAGCUAAUCUAACGUAAUGGCGACCGAGUGCACCCAAGAAGAGGUCGUACAAUUUCUGACCGAGCGAGGAGGGAGAGUGAAAAAACAGGAAUUCAUUGACUAUUUCAAAGCUGUUUUCCCGGAAGACCCUGACAAGAAAGCAAUUGUUCGGGAGAAAUUCAAGGGAUACGUGGACAACGUCGCAUUUGUAAAGUUGGAGAAUGGAGUGAAAUGUGUGUGUUUAAAAAACAAGUAUCGAGUGGAAAAAGACAGCGCGUGCAAUGUCAACGAAACAGGCACCUUUUUGGAACAAGAUAGCAGCACCCCUGUCCUAUCAAAAUCAUAUAAGAACUUGAUAGACGAUUGUACACCACAACUGCAUCUGUCAGCAUCUUCUGCUGGGGGUGUGCGCUCUUGUGAAACCACUGCAAACGAGGAGGCACAACAAGAAAUUUCACCUGGCUCGGGUUACGGAACUGACAAUGCCGCAGGAGUGAGACCGCCUGACAUUUCAGGAAUUAUAUUGGAAGGUAACAUUAUAGAAAGAGCUGCGUCAACAAGGUCUGUAGUUCAGAACAAUAGUUUACCAGACAUUAUGGGAAAUGCGUUAGGUCUUGGUGGCAAUGGAGAGCAGAAAUUGACCAAGGAGGACCUUCAGACAUUGCAACCGCAUGACAUACCGCAAAUUGCAGUGAUUGAGACGUCACCUUUACCUACAGCCGGGGAUGGCUCUAUGUUCCACUUACCCGGACGUCAAUUCCCAACUAAUGCACAGGACAGCCUGCUGUCCAGUCACCCUUCAUCAGAGGACGGGGCAGACGAAGGCCAUAAUUAUGAUUCGCUACUGAGCAAAUCGGGGAGUGACAGCAACACACCUAAAAGUAGCCAUAACAACUUUAUUGAGCUCAUGAUGAACAGCUCCCCCCAGGUGCGACGCAGCAUGGUGUUGAGGAACUCUGUCUACCUGUCUACAAAGUACAGGGACUGUGCCCGGAGCGACAGUGACUCUGUCUCUGUGGUUUCUUCUGCUACAGACGAAGACAGAGCUUCAGUCACUCUGGACCCGUUGGAACACGAAUGGAUGAUGUGUGCAUCCGACGGCCAAUGGGAGAGUCUCCACCGCCUCCUUUCCUGUGAACCGAACCUUGCCAUGAAGAAAGAUUUUGUGACUGGGUUCACCUGCCUGCACUGGGCUGCCAAGCAAGGCAAACAAGAACUGCUGGCACUUAUCGUGAACUUUGCCAAAAAACACACAGUACCCAUCAACAUCAAUGCCCGGUCAAGUGCCGGCUACACACCACUACAUCUAGCAGCAAUGCACAACCAUGUCGAAGUGGUGAAGUUACUGGUAGGAGCCUAUGACGCAGACGUAGAGGCCAGAGAUUACAAUGGGAAAAGGGCGUGUCAGUAUCUUACGAACAGUGUGGCCGUUGAUAUCCGUGACAUCAUCGGGGCGGGUGGUGGCGCCGACUCGGACUCAGAGAACACGGACGAUGGGGGGCAUUGGCGGUUGUCUAAAGUUCUCCAGUCUAAUCUGAUGCCCCUCAAACUGCACAAUCACAGUGAGGAGGACACAGGUGAUGGAGCAGGGCAGGCCAGACAGAAACCCUUGCGAAGGAAAUCAUCCCUUAGCAAGAUGAGACCCAAACUUCAGAAGAUCUGCUUCAGAUCUUCGCAGAUAGUUCACAGCACUUCGUUCCCAGCACACUGUGAGACAGAGGAGCUUAACGGGUCCAGGAAAAGCUCAUUUAAAUCCAGACCCAUGUCAAAUCUGUUUGGCUGAAGAAUAGCCUCUAAGUACACCCGACAAAGAGCAAAUCAACUACUACAGUGCAGAAUGACUGACACAAUUCGGUAUAGUCUGAUGUUACAAGUGUUUGUUUUUUUGUGGCAUAGGCCAAGUCUGUUGUUACACAUACUUAAGGGUUUUUACCCCAGGCAUUAUAUGAAUAUGCUGAACUAACAGAGUAUGGUAUUACAUGAUCUAUUGAGUAACUGGCCAGAUUGCUACCCCUGGUUAGGCUAAAUAUUUCUGUCUUAAUCCUCUUAUCAUGCCGAAGUAGCCAAGGAGGUUUUACAGUUCGUCUGCUUUAACCCUUAACGUACAUGUAAAGCUGCCUGCAACCAACUGGGCAAAGAUGUCAGUUCAACGUCUAGUUUUGAUUUACAUUUAGUUUUUAACUCAUGCGAAUUCAAUGUGAAAUCGACAAAAAAUGUCACCAUGUCAUUGGAUUUGGUUUAGAAUUUGGGUGAUUUAAAAAAAAAUAUAUAUUUUUAAAUAUGAAAUUAUCUUCCAUUGAAGAUCAGAACCAAGGAGAUCAGAACCAAAAAUACUUUUUUUUCAUAUCCAAUCAGUUUCCCACGUUGAUUUGACGUCUUCAUAUGACAUUUUUUGGAGUUGAAAUGGCAUGGAAACAAGGUUGACUCAACCUGUUUUUGCCAAGUGGGAAGUGUUGAAACUUCCAAGUUAUUUGAACACAUGGUAGAAACAAUGUAAUUGAUUUCACAAUGCUUGGGAGCAAUUCUAUCUUAUUACUGUCAGACUGUUAGUGAUGCUAUGAAUUUAUUCUCCCUUUCCAUUUAAGUUGCUUUAAGCACUUUGAAACCGUUAUUGAUCCAGCUUUCCUGCGGUGGAUGCCAUUCAGUCCAGCUGAAAGACUUGAGAUGGGAAUUUACUUCCUCUUUGUUUUCAAGUGGAGGAUUGGAGGCCAAUGAAAAGGCCUUUGGUCCUUUAAGUCUGUAAUCGGGAUCAGUAGAGGAGCCUUCUGUGUCACAAGGUACGCUUUUUGUUGAGCGUAUGGUAGGCCUGCUGUGUGUAGUGCUAUGAUGAAAGAUCAGGUUUCAUAACUAUUCACAGUCCACCUUGAAUUACGCUAUGCAGUUAUACUCACUUUAUGACCCUCUGAUCAUAGACAACUCAAAAUAAGGAGCUAAGGCUGCAGUUGUCUGGUGUUAAGUUGUAUGCUACCCUCUGAUCUGUUAUGCACCAGUGGUUUUCUAUCAACAAGCUCCAGCUUGCUGACCCAGGAGAGCCUCUACACACAAUAAUAAGAAUGUGAAAACAUGUUUUUAGAAAUGUUUGCAAAUAUAUUGAACAUUUAAAUGCAUAAAUAUCUCAAUGACAAAAGUAUUCACACCCCUGGGUCAAUACUUUGUAGAAGCAACUUUGGAUGCGUUUACAGCUGUGAGUCUUUCUGGAGAGCUUUCCAUACCUGGAUUGUGCAACAUUUGCCCAUUUUAUUAUUUUCUAAAUUAUUCAAGCUCUGUUCAAAUUGGUUGUUGAUCAUUGCUAGACAACCAUUUUCAGGUCUUGCCAUAGUUUUUCAAGUAGAUUUAAGUCAACACUGUAACUCGGCCACUCUGGAACAUCCACUGUCAUCUUGGUAAGCAACUCCAGGUCAGAUUUGACCUUGUGUUCAAGUUUUUAUUUUUUUAACCUUUAUUUAACUAGGCAAGUCAGUUCAAUGACGGCCUAGGAACAGUGGGUUAACUGCCUGUUCAGGGGCAGAACGACAGAUUUGAACCUUGUCAGCUCGGGGAUUUGAACUUGCAACCUUUCCGUUAAGGGCUAUAAGGGAACCUAUUGGUAGAUGCGUAAAAAUAAAACAGCAGACAUUGAAUAUCCCUUUGAGCAUGGUGAAGUUAUUAAUUACACUUUGGAUGGGGUAUCAAUACACCCAGUCGCUACAAAGAUACAGGCGUCCUUCCUUACUCAGUUGCCGGAGAGGAAGGAAACCGCUCAGGGAUUACGCCAUGAGGCCAAUGGUGAAUUUAAAAUGGUUAAAGAGUUGGUAGGAGAAAACUGAGCACGGAUCAACAACAUUGUAGUUACUCCACAAUACUAACCUAAUUGAUAGUCUGAAAAGGAAGCCUGUACAGAAUAAAAAUUAUUCCAAAACAUGCAUCCUGUUUAUAACAAGGUACUAAAGUAAUACUGCAAAGAAAAUGGCUAAGCAAUUAACAUUUUGUCCUGAAUACAAAGUGUUAUUGGAUUUGCCUGAAACAUUACUGAGUACCACUCUCCAUAUUUUCAAGCAUAGCAUCUCAGUGCUAGAGGCGUUACUACAGACCCUGGUUCGUUUCCAGGCUGUAUCACAACCGACCAUGAUUAGAAGUCCCAUAGGGCGGCGCACAAUUGGCCCAGCGUCGUCCGGGUUAGGGUUUGGUCUUCAUUGUAAAUAAGAAUUUGUUCUUAACUGACUUAACUAGUUAAAUAAAGGUAAAAUAAAAUGAAUAGCCGUGGGAAGUAAAGGUGCUGCUGCACCCCCUGAAUUUAAAAAAUAAUAAUAAUAAAAAAGUGGAAGAAAAAUGUAUUCUUGACAGAAGUGCACUGGGCCUUUAAUAGUCCUAUAUUUGCAGACUGAUAUAGCCUUCUCCAGUGCAGGCAACAAUAUUUGUUUUUGUGCAAUGUUGCACUGAAUUGUAACACUUUUGUUUUUUGCUAAUAUAACUGGAGUGUAUAUUUUCACAUAUUUAGCAAAUCGUUGUCUCACAUGUACUAGUCUAAUUGUUUGUCUAGAUUUAAGGCAUAGUACACUUAUGGCAUUGACUGUUUUGGGAGAAUGUGUUUUCUCAGUCAAUGGUUUUUAUCACUGAAUAGCCUACAAUAAUGCUACAUAGUUUACAUCUGAUUUUGAUUUUAUUGUACAGUUUUGUAGUUUUGCCAAAUUAGCUCUUACCUUUUUUAUUCUGCAAUGUCUUUGUUUUUCAACCACCUGCUGCUAAUUAUGAUAUUCAAAGGGCUGGAACCAAAUUUCUCUCUGUCUGUACAUUACAUUAUAUUAUUUUAUAGCACUCUUCGAUUAUCUAACAAAAGAAUGUUAACCUAUAAAACGAUUGUGAGGUGUCAGAUUUUGUAUCUAUGUUCAAUACUUUGUCUUCAAUAAUGUAUGCAAAGCUCAAGAUUGUGUAGUUUGCAUUUUUAUCAUUUGGAAACCGGAAAAUAGCUGUGCAGCAACACUCCACAUCCAACCUGACAGAGCUUGAGAGGAUUUGCAGAGAAGAAUGGGAUACAGGUGUGGCAAGCUUGUGGCGUCAUACCCAAGAAGACUCGAGGCUGACAAAGGUGCUUCAACAAAGUACUGAGUAAUAGCAUAAAUGUGCUAUUUCAGUUUUUUUUAUUUGUAAUAGUUUUGCAAACAUUUCUAAAAACCUAUUUUUGCUUUGUCAUUAUGGGGAAUUGUGCGUAGAUUGAUGAGGGGAAAACUAUUUAAUCCAUUUUAGAAUAAGUCUGUAAUGAACAAAAUGUGGAAAAAUUCAAGGUGUCUGAAUGCACUUUUUAUUUAUCUAUAUAUACUACCGUUCUAAAGUUUGGGGUCACUUAGAAAUGUCAGUUUUUGAAAGAAAAACACCUUUUUUGUCCAUUAAAAUAACAUUGUUGAUCGGAAAUACAGCGUAGACAUUGUUAAUGUUGUAAAUGACUAUUGUAGCUGGAAAUGGCUGAUUAUUUUCAAUUGAACAUCUACAUAGGUGCACAGAAGCCCAUUAUCAGAAACCAUCACUCCUGUGUUCCAAUGGCACGUUGUGUAAGCUAAUCCAAGUUUAUCAUUUGAAAAGGCUAAUUGAUCAUUAGAAAACUGAAAAAGGGUUAUGUUUACCUGUGCUGGAAACUGUUCUGAUUAAAGAAGCAAUAAAACGGUCCUUCUUAAGACUAGUUGAGUAUCUGGAGCAACAGCAUUUGUGGGUUUGAUUACAGGCUCAAAAUGUCCAGAAACAAAGACUCUUUCUUCUCAAAUUCGUCAGUCUAUUCUUGUUCUGAGAAAUGAAGGCUAUUCCAUGCGAGGAAUUUCCAAGAAACGGAAGAUCUCAUACAACGCUGUGUACUACUCCCUUCACAGAACAGCGCAAACUGGCCCUAACCAGAAUAGAAAGAGGAGUGGGAGGGAGUAGGGUUCCAUUUGGGACGUAUCCCAGGCGUUAGAGCCCAGACAGCAGAGAGAGAGUUGGAGGUCAUCAGAGAACACAGGACUUUGUUGAAUUGCACAGAGUGGGAGUUUGAAGUUGAAACGGCUGACGUGGAAUGUGGAUCAGAAUGAGUCACCAGAGGCACUGUGCCCUUGCUACUCUCUUGCUAUCUCUGUAUUCCUCUCUCUCUUUCUGUCUCACUAUCUAUGUCUGUCUGUCAAAGUAUGUUUACCUAGCUCAAGGCUGAUUAUCUCACAGGCCAACCAACAGGGUCAGUGUGACACAGCCUCUCUCCACAUAUCUGUUUAUGAUUCAGGUUUUAAGCCAUGUCUAACAUUUUCCACUGGAUCCAGUCAGACCGAUAAGGUCUGGCACUGAAUGGCCGAUAAGGUCUGCCAGGAUCCAGUGGAAGGUCCUUCAUAUGUUGAAUGUCAUUUUACGUUUGCUCUCUGUUCAAGCCUCAGCCUGCACAUCUCAUUUGAAUUACCAGUCCAAUGCGUUGAAUAUGAUGUUUGGGUGUUACCUUAGUCUACUCCACCUACAUGACUCAAACCAUGUGUUUUGGUUACCUCCAAAUACAGACUUCCAUCUGCUUUUCUAUACCCCUGAAACACUCUUUACCAUAUAAAGUGGUUCAUAAGACCUCGCAGCCUUCGUUUUGCACAGUCCAAGGCUACUAUGCUCAGAGGUUUUUAUGAUCUAUUUUACAAGUGAAACUGUUAUAGUUGACAUUUACAGUGAGAUAUAAAUCCGACCUUGAGUUGGUGCCUUCUGAGUAAGACACUGAACUGCCCUAGCAAGUCCACUAGAUGGCACUGAAUGGCUAAACCAUUCUCUAUCCCCUCUCACUCGGUUUCUUUCUUCCCACCCCCUCUUUCCUCUUUCUCUCUCCCCGCUCUCUCUCCCUCUGUCUGUCUCUCCCCUCUUUCUCGCUGGUUAAUAUCAUAGAUGAGAGUGUAUCAUAAAUUCAGCGGGAGGUGUAAUAAAUCCUAUGUGGCUUAGCCUUCACAUUGUCACGUACAGUCGCUAGCUGUGUUAAUGAGGACACUUAAUCUGACACUGCUGGGGAUUGAAAUGGGAUGUGGGCUACAUGAAUCAACCGCUCUGGCUAGAUGGAUCUGCAUCCCAAAUGGCACCCUAUCCCCUAUAUACUGCACUACUUUUGAGGGCUCUGGUCAAAAGUAGUGCACUGUAGGGAAUAGGGUGCCAUCUGGGAUGUUCACUAUGACCCUGACUAGACAAUGGAGACUAACUGAGCUAUACCAUAUGCCCUUAUUUGAUUUAAUCUGAUUCAAGUCUCUGAAGUAAAAAUACAAUUUAAUUUGUUGCCUUCUACCAAUGUGUCCCAUUCACAAUGGCAGACUUACCAUUUGGCAGACGAGGCAAUCGCCUCAGGCCUCACAUCAUCAAGGGGCCUCUUGAGCUGGGCAUAAAAUAUAAUAAUUUCUCCGCUUGAGGCUCCCCCAUGAUCCACUCGAGGCAUAAUAAACAAAUAAUUUUUAAAAUCCUGGGCAGAAAAAUUAAUGUGAAAGGCCAUUUAGGUAUACAGGUAAUUCCAGGAUAAAAAUGAUUGUACUUUUUUUUCUGAACGUUCUUAUAUAUCUCUCAAAUAUAGGAUAAACACUUCAAAACAUACUUCCUUUUGAUGACAUGUUUACCUAUCUGUUUUUCCAUGUGUGAAUAUGUUAUUAAAUGUGUUUCUAUGGGCUAAUAGCAGUAAG